AUGGGAGGAGUCAUGUCAUAUUUCCGCGGCCUUUUCGGCGCUCGCGAAAUGAGAAUUCUGAUUCUCGGACUCGACGGAGCUGGAAAAACGACAAUUUUGUACAGGCUGCAGGUUGGCGAAGUGGUGACCACAAUUCCAACAAUCGGAUUCAAUGUGGAACAAGUGGAGUAUAAGAAUUUGAAGUUUCAAGUAUGGGAUCUCGGAGGACAGACAUCGAUUCGACCAUAUUGGAGGUGUUACUAUGCGAAUACGGAUGCAAUCAUUUAUGUCGUUGAUUCGGCGGAUAGGGAUCGAGUUGGAAUCUCUCGUCAAGAGCUCGCCACAAUGCUCCAAGAGGACGAACUUCAAGGAGCCGUUCUGGCAGUUCUAGCCAAUAAACAAGACAUUUCUGGUUGUCUGACAGAGACAGAAGUAUACAAAGCACUUGGAUUAGAUGCUCUCCGUAAUCGAACUAUUCAAAUAUUCAAGACUUCAGCAUCGAAAGGAGAGGGACUUGAUGCAGCAAUGGAUUGGUUGGCCAAUCAAUUACAGCAGAAGAAGUAG